CUCUAUUCAGUGCGGUACGGUAGACUUUGCGGAAACAGUGUUCCUUCUUUUUCUGCAGCUUUUCUUGCACAGUUGCAUUAAUCACAGCUCUUCGGAAAGGUUGGCAGCAAGUUGAAGAAAUCUGGGAAGCAUGUCUGCGCUCAACAGAAGGAUCGUUAACACUGCGUCGGCCCCGGCUGCCAUCGGCCCAUACAGCCAGGCGGUGAUCGUGGACAGAACCAUGUACAUCUCCGGUCAGCUGGGGAUGGACGUCGCCUCCGGGAAGCUGGUAGAUGGAGGAGUGCAGGCUCAGGCCAAACAGGCACUCAUCAAUAUUGGGGAGAUCCUUAUAGCUGCCGGCUGCGACUACAGCAACGUGGUGAAGACUACUGUGUUACUCGCAGAUAUAAAUGACUUCAACAACGUCAAUGAGGUCUACAAGACAUUUUUCAGCAGUAAGUUUCCUGCCAGAGCUGCCUACCAAGUCGCUGCUCUCCCCAGAGUGAGUGUUAACCACGGCUUUACACACCUUUAGCACUGUAUUACAUUAUGACACAC